ACGUAAUUAUUCCAAAGCGAAUUAAUUUGAAUUUCCAAACUGCACGAGACCAGCCCAGACAAAACAGAUUCGUAUGUAGAUUAAUGUUACAACAUGUAUAUACGGUAACAAGCGACGAUUUGAUGCAAAGAUGACUCGUAAAUCUCCUGUAAAUUUGAAAAGUUUUUUCCUUUUAUUGCUUUGUUUUGUUCUGUUUACUGUGAUCUACUACAACGCAGGUUUUAGCUACGAAAGUCUUCAAUUUUGGAAGAUAUUAAUUGUGAGCGCUGAAAGGGAAAGGAAAUUUGAAAAUCAACAGGAUCGUCUAUUUCCAAGAACUACCAGAAGACACGAAGCUACCGCAUCGCCGCGGUUUAAAAUCUGGCGCAAUGAACCUCAAAACAAAACUCUUCGCAGCAACAGUUCUACAUUAUCCAGGAGUAAAGAAAUGGAACUUGGAGCAAGUCUGUCCGAAUGGACUAGUUCGACAAUACAGGAGACAAAGGAACAAUGUGCUUCAAUCACUAAGGACAAAGUACAACCAUUGCCGUCAGAGAUUGGUUGUCGCAUACCGUUCAUGGACGCAUUUCAUCCACAAAUCAUGAAGUAUGUGUCUUCUUCCGCUAGUCCGAAAUGCUCUGGUCAGCGGUAUGGCGAGCUGGUGGAUGGCGCGUUACAUUUCAGAGAUCCCAAAGUAAAAUCAGCAACGUACCAAGCAAUAUCACGUAAUGGCGAGACCAGUUAUACCUUGUCUGCCAGCAAGCCUGUGGUCUCCGGGCAGAAGAUCAACGAUCAACUUAUCGAGGUAGAUUUCACUUUAGAUAACAAUCAACACGCUAAAGAGUUGCAUCUUCACGCAGUCCCAAACGAAAACGUACUAAAACGCGAAGCCAAAACAAACUCUGGAGUUCCACUCAAUAUUCUGGUAAUAGGACUAGACUCAGUCUCCCAUGGCUCAGCACAACGUAAGCUUCCACGUGUGUAUAAGUUUCUCCGUGAUGAGUUGGGAGCGUACUUCUUCAACGGUCACGUGGUCACCGGGGAUGGAACGGUCGAACAAAUGGCUCCGAUGUUGACAGGAAGGAAGUUCAUGGAGGAACUUUACGAAGCCAGGCCGGACCGAGCAAAAUCUCGAACUGUCGAUGACUGGCCUUGGAUAUAUAAACAACUAAAAGAACACGGCUACAUAACCGGUUACAAUGAGGACGGGACACAUCUUGGACCGUUCAACUGGAGACUACGAGGUUUCAGCUCGCCUCCGACAGAUUUUUACCCUAUUCCAUUCUUCAGAAGAACGAAGAAAUUGAUGAAAGGCGGAGAUCAAUGUGUUGGCGCCAAGAAUGUGAAUCAAUAUCAAUACGAUUACAUCAGAAGUUUUUUUAAAGUGUUUUCGAAAAAGUUGAAGUUUUUGCUUUCUUUCACUGCUGGUUAUUCUCAUCAUGAACUGACCCGAGUACAAAAGCUGGAACGCGAUCUUCUUGUUUUACUGAAAGAUCUCAACGCUUCGAACGUGUUUGACAACACCAUGUUUAUACUAAUGGGGGACCAUGGGGUACGAUGGGGGAGUGUCAGGGAAACUAUCCAAGGAAAACUCGAGGAAAGAAUGCCGUUUUUUUCAAUCGCAUUUCCGAGAUGGUUCAAGUCCAAAUUUCCGAAGAUCGACGAGAAUCUACGAACGAAUGUCAAUCGGCUUACGACGUGGUACGAUGUUUACGCGACUUUGCGUCACAUGCUUUCGUACCCAGAUCUACCUAAGGAUAUAAAACACGGUCAAAGCCUAUUCACUGAGAUUCCAAUAUCUCGCACUUGCAAGGAUGCUUUUGUGCCGAAUUUCUGGUGCCCGUGUUUACGGUGGUCAGCGGUCGAUACCAAACAUACACAUGCGCAAAAGGCGGCGCUUGUUGCUAUAGAAUGGAUGAAUAUGUUAACUGGAAAUAACAACAGUGAUGCAUCGCAAUGUCAAGUCCUCACUUUAAAGAAAGUAACUAGCGCUUUAUUGGAGAGGCCUAAUGAUCUUGUAUUAAGGUUCAAACACGUUGAUCUUAGCUACACGCCUAGAUACAGACCACAAAAUAACCCUCCACAGACCUAUUUCUGUCGCUACCAGGUCCAGUUUGUGACUGCGCCUAACAAUGCAACGUACGUAGUCCAAGCUAAAUUCUAUAAGAAAAAAUUUACCAUCAACACUAAAAUUACUAGAAUUGAUAACGACCCAGGUCCACAAUGUACUGCUAAUGCAGAGCUUAGGAAAUACUGCGCAUGUAAAUGAUAAUAGCAGAAUAUUUAGAUAAGAAAUUUGGAGAGAACCAACUUUCCUCCUCCUAGAAUGCUAUUGGCAGAUGAGAUGAGGUCGACAUUUUGACAGUGAUAAAGGUAAACUUGAAACGCUCAAAAACGCAAAGACCCAAUCUCGCCAUAAAUAGGUCUAUAAAAAAACACUCAUUUAUGACAAACCAAACGUUUGAGAAAUGGUAUU